AUUACCCAUUCUUUUUUCUUUUACAAUGCCCGAUGAUCACCGAUAAAUCGCGCUUCUAAUGGCCCGUCCUUCAAGUCUCCCAUCGAUGAUCAUGGAUCAACCCUCCAUAUUGAAUAGCUCAAGCUCGGAUGUCUAAGCGCCCAUGGUAGCUCCUCUAAUCGAGCCCUUUGUUGUCCCUUUCUUCCUUUUUCUCCGCUAUCACUAGGAACUUUCCUUUCCAUCUCCUUGCAACCGAAGUCAGUCAACUUCCCAAUACUCUGAUUGUGCAUUGAGAUCUUGCUUUAUGGCCUAUUUACCUCCACAUAAACGUCAUUCCAAUGAUAUGGAAAAGCCUUCUCCCACAGCGGAGUUGCUUGCUCCUCUAUUCAAUAGAAAAUUGGAUUUGAGGGCAUCUGGACGUAAAGUGGACAGGAGUGGAAGGAUAAUCUAUGCUGAUCAGGCUAGACAUAAAUGGUUUAUCAUUGGUGAUUCUGAUGAUGAUAACCUGUUUCCCUCUUGUGUCCGUCUCGAGCCGAUUGCUCUGCGGGCUAAUGAGCAUAGAAUGGGUGAAAAACAUCUAGCUUUGGUGUACUCUAAUGUGUCUCAAGGAAACAAAGAAGAGGAAGAAGUCGUAAUCGAACCGUGGGCAUCUAUUGUAGUAAAGCUACUACCUGACAUACUUUCAUCGAUCGAACACAUUAAGAACGAAAUUAACCAAGAUGAGGAAGUGAAGCUGACAUUGGUUGCUAGGAUUGGAAAAGUUAUCUUUCAUGGGACCUCUGAAUUUGACAGUAAUAAGCUGCCUACUCGAGCGGUGAUGGGACAGCUGAAGAGGUCGUUUCGUACAAAUGUUUCUGAAACUUACAUCGAAAACAUUAGAGAUAAAGUAAUUCCAUUGAUUGGAGUUAAGUUUGAAGAGGAGAAAGACACAUAUCACAUAAAGUUAUCCGAUGCAGAGCAUCCACACGUGACGUUAACAUGCAAAUGUACUGCUUUGCCUGAGUCGAAUAAACUCAAACUUUAUAAGGUCGAACUCAACCCAGUUCGACAUAUGGUUGCGGAUAUUUCGUGCUUGAAACAAAAUGUGGAUAUGAGGGUAAUGACAUUCUCCAAGAAGACCGUAGGAAAGCUGACUGAUGAUGAGAUGGAAGACAUAUUGGAUCUUAUAAAUUCUGCCAUUUUAGACAAAGAUGUGAAGGGUGGCUUAAGAUGGCCUCUGGGAAAAGCAUCCUCUGGGGAUAGAUUCAAAGUGGUUGGAGCUUGGCACACUGUUUCCCAGUCUUAUGUCAAUCCAUUUGUGCGAAUCAAGCUAAGAAAUGCCGAUCGAUACGAUUUCAAGACAUUGGUUGGUGAAGUGUCAAAAGAGGUUACUUUUAAGAUGAAACGACUUACGUCCGAACUACUGAGAGAAAAGCCUGAGGUUGAUGUGAUCCCUGAUAUGCUUAAUGACAAUCUGAAGCUAUUUUGGAAUAACUUUGUAUGCUCUGCAACCUGUUCAUCCCCUUAAGGCCAGGCUUUCAAAUGGUUAAUGCUGCAUUUUUCUGUCUUUUUUAAGUGUUUAUGUUAGAAAUGGAUAGCCCUUUUUUGGGUAAGAACUAUGCUUUAUGAGCUUUACAGUGAUUUAAGUAGAAAUAUCCACAAAUUGUCAUAUAAAAAUCAAGUUCGAUUGUGAGUGACUCAAUUUAGAACAAUGUUUCCAAA